AUGCUGUCGGCCUCGAGACGGAGCGUGCUGCAGCGGGGGCGCCUGGCCCUCGGCUCAGUCGCGGCCCAGCAGCAGAAGCAGCAGCAGAAGCGGGCCUUUGCCAUGACGACGCGCAAGGCGCAGGACGGCGCGGCAGCGGCGGCCCCGACGGAGACGCUGACACCGCAGACGACCGGUGCGUCCAAGAGCGACGUGACCCUGCAGCAGGCACCCAACCGGGCGGGCGUGUGGACGCGCAACCAGCGGCCACGCGAGCAGGCCAUGACGGGCCCUCGCUUUGAGCAGACAGACUUUUCCCUGCAGCCCCAACCGUACUCGGCCAUGGAGCUCAUCCACCAGCAGCCGGUCCGGUGGACGCACGACAGCGUUGUGUCGUGUGAUGGAGGCGGCGGUCCGGCCGGCCAUCCGCGCAUCUUUAUCAACACAGACAAGCCACAGAUCUGUGCCUGCGGCUACUGCGGGCUUCCUUUUGCCAACGAGCACCACCGGAAACACCUCGAGUCCCUGCCCCAGACGUCGUAUCCGCUCGAAUAA